UAAAAAGUUAGGUUAGGUUUAUUAGAUUUUUUUUUUUAAAAAAUGAACAAAAUCUUUUCUACUCGGGUGGAAAGAGACCUCGUAGGCCUAAUUAUCAGAACCUACGCUUUCAAGUCCGACCUGAAAAUAAAAUGGGUGAGACCCGAGAAAAUCCCCUGCUACAAGCCCCAUCAUUCCGGUGACUUGGUCUCGAUGCCUUCGAUAAACAAAAACCAAUAUUUAUUAGAAUUCAGUAAAUCCAAAGAACUGGAAACUGCAAACGAUUACGUAAAACGCUUAUUCACUUUAGAAUUCAACCCCAACAAGUGCACCCAAAAACUAUACAUCAAACAAAACACGGACAAAAUCAAACGGCACGAAUAUGAUGGGGCUUCAAUUGAAGUGAAGUUGGCCCGCUGGACCGGAUAUAUCAGGGCCUGGCAAGAAAUCAUGGAACGAUUCCCUUACAACAAACGAGUCAAAGUAAACCUAAAAGAACUUAUAGAAAAACGCAAAAAACACUUGAGAUAUUUGCGCAAGUGGGACUACAAAAAGUUCGAGUGGAUCUUGGAGGAGUUGAAUAUUGUUUAUAAACCAUCGCCUACUGAUCCAAUUCCAGUAACACGUAAAUGGUCAUUGGAGAAAUUGACUGACAGAUAUUGCGAAGGAAUAAAACAGGAACGAUUGCAAGAGUUGCGGUUGAUGUUUGAACGCGAGCAACCAGCCUUUUUGGAGGAGAAAAUUAGAAGUUUGGAGUUUAUUCGAGAUGAGCAAAAAGAGUGCGGAGUCGAGGUUACAGUGACUCAACAGGAAAUCGAUUCAGUCAAAGAGAAACUUGAUAAAUUGAAACUGAAGAAGUUAGAAGUUGAAGACUAGAUUUUAAGUUAAUAAAAUGAUUUUGUUUGUUGAUGAUUUAUUUUGUAUUGGGCAAGGCCGAUUUAUUGAUACUCAAGGUUAAU